AAGUAAUCUGAAUACUUAAUUAUUAAAUUUUACUUCAUAUUGAUCAUAAUGACAUGUUGAAUUUUUUGCUAGUUGACAAUCUAAUGGAUAUUAAAGUAUGGGGAAGGUUCAACACAGAUUCACAAAUGUCAGACAUGUGAGUAUGAAAAAAAGAUUUACUCAGGAGGCACACACAUUACUGAAGGUGGUUCUCUGAUGGUGUAUGCAGAAGAGGAUGAAUUUGUGUGUCCAAAUUGUGACCCAAGUGCUGUUGAUGGAAAUGACAGUGAUGCUGGUAAGAGCUAGAGUAAAUAUAGGCUAAAAAUAAUAUAUUUUAUUCCAUUGCACCAUUACUGGUACAUAGGAUAUAAUACAAUAUAACAGAUACAUACAAACAAUAAAACUAUAGCUAUUCCUUAAUUACAAACAGUACAGUCAGACAAAAUCUUAGUUAAAUGUUGUUCUUUAAGUUUUUAAUAAUCCUGUAGCUAGGCAAAGCCAUGAAUUCUAUAAUAAUAUUACUCAAUAUUUGAUAUUUCAUAUACAUUCAACAUUUAAUUGUAGAUGACAUAUGCCUGAAAUGGCUUAAUAUUUUAAACAUUUUCUGGUGGACCAUGCCAUGACCAUCUAUCUAGUCCUGGAAAAAAACCAUACAUUCUGCUCUGGCCCAACCGGCAAAAAGACUUUUAAAUAAAUGUGUACUGAUGUUGUGUUUUUGUGAAACAUUAAUGUACAUUACCGAGGCCGGUAGGGGGGAGAUGCCCAAGGCCUGGAAGUCGGGGGCAGCAGAAAAUCACCAGAGCGCAGCGCGCACAUGUGUGCUUGUGUGUGUGAUUGUGUAUGUGUGUGUGGAUGGGAGGCAAUGGUCACAAAUCUGCCCUGGGGCCCUAUGAUGGGUCUUGCUAGUCAUGCAUGUACACUAAAAAUUUUGACUAAAUAUCAUUAGGAGUACCUGAGGUAAAUGACCCAAAAUUAGAAAACAAAGAAGAGAAAGACAUGAUAAAAGAAAAAAGUACAACUGAUAAAAAGAUUGGGGCAAGGAAGAAGAGAAAGAGUACAGUUGAGAAAAGCAUGGAAGUCGCUUUUAACCAGUUCAAAGAAACUGCUAAAGAUGAUUUCGAAAGGUAGGUGAUUACACAUAAAAGGAUGGUUCUGAAACAGAUAUGGAAGGAGUAAAAUCAAACAGGAUGAAGGUUGUUUGACUCUAUAAACCUGUGUGUGCUGCAAGGUUUGCAGAGUGGACAUGGCUUAUUUGUGAUAUUCCAACAAAAUGUCGUUUAGGAAUUAUUUUAAACCUGCAUUAAUUUAGACAUACAUAGUUUAUUUCAAAUUUAAAAUUAGCAAACUGUUAUUUCAUUUUGAAGUUAAAUGUCAAUUUUUUAACUUUAUAUUUUUCAAUAAUUUUCAUAAAGUUGCGGUACCAUUGCAUGCCUUGUUUGUUUCUAAUUGCCUAUGCAAGUGUAUGGCCCUCUAAGUCUACUAUGAAUAAGUUCCAACUUUAAAAACAUGUGGUCCAUAAGCAGAUGACUCCAGAAUUAAUUGUGUUGGCCAAACAAUAUAUUGUGAACAUUUCUUAAACAAUAUUCUGUACAAUUUAACUAUGGCUUUUAAACAGACCAAUUGUAUUCCCCUAAUUAAUAUCUUCUAGAUAUAAGAAAUUUGAACAGGCAAGAUUAGAUAAAGAGCACCAAUUCUAUAUGGAACAAGCAAGACUGGAGAAUGAAAGAAGAAAGGAGGAAAGGGAACACGAGUUAAAGAUUUUUGGUAUGAUGAUUGGCAGCAUAAACCAGUCAGGUCAAAAUUUAAGCAGCCCGGCGUCCACUUUCUGUUCCCAACCAUUUGCCAAUGUUCAGAAACAAACCAAUAUAGGAAACAGCUACGGAUGUGAUGCUCAGGAUGUUACUCGCUACAACUUGGACGGAGACAAAACCUAUGUUGAUUUAUAGAUGUACAACAUUUAUACAGUAUUAAAAUUAAGGACUAAGUAACGUAUUCAUAUUUGCUAUUCUUUACCCAUUCUGGGUUACGUAAUUUUAGUGCGUUGUGUUAUACUGUGCUAUGCAACUGUCGGAAUAAAGAUGCACACGGACGAACGUUGCAUGUACAACACCUUGUUUUGGAUUACAUUUUGGAGACAGUUAGCAAUAAAUACUGUGUGCUAUAGGUUAACAAAUUAUAAUUUGUUCUUUAAAGGAUUUUUCCUUGUAAAAAGUUUAUUUUGCGAACAUUUUAAAGUUUAUUUUGCGAACAUUUUAUAUUUAAAGUGUUAAUGUCAACCGAUGUAUAUUAAUAUAUUUAUAUCAAUUACCAUUGUAUGGAUUAUUGUUCUCAGCCGGACGUCAGUUCUUCCUAGCUAAAGUAAUCUGCUAAUGCUUCACGAAUGUCGUGUGCAUCAGCUUCUACAAUGUCAACGUUAUCAAUCCCCACAACUGCCUCUUCGGCUCUUUCUGGUCCUUCCCACUGCGGCAAAAAAUCGUUGUUUUGAAUUUCGCAAAUGUUAUGCAGAAUACAAGAGGCUAAAACAACAUUGACCAGGGCAGGUACCUCCAUAUCAACACAUUUUCUAAAUCUAAUAAAACGUCCUUUCCACCUGCCGAAGGUGUUUUCUACAGUCAUUCUGGCUCUACUAAGGCGAUAGUUAAACACUCGUUCUCUUCUCGGCUGGUUAUCGUUUCUCUGAAAACCUUUCAAAACCCAUGGCAAGAGGGGAUAAGCAGGAUCUGCUACUAUAAAUGGUGACAUUUCUACUCCUUGUAAUUCCACAGUGAGAUCAUCUGGAAAUAGCUUGCCUUCAUUCCCUUUCUUGAAAAUAGAUGAAUUUGAAAAUACCCGUGCGUCGUGAACGCUUCCAGGCCAACCGAUGACCACAUCUCUAUACAGGUAUUUGCAAUCCACUACAGCUUGCAUGAUUAUGCUGUGACAGCCUUUCCGGUUUACGUAUUCUGCGUGACAUUCGGACGGUGCAACAAUAGGAAUGUGUGUCCCGUCAAUCGCUCCAGCACACAUUGGAAAACCCCAUCGUUGUUCAUAAUCAUUGAUAAUUUGCACCAAUUCGUCUCCAUGCGGAAAACUCACAACAUACGACAACUUGCUCGUUAUUGCUUUGCAGACAUCUCUAACGCAUAAACACACGAACGAUCUUGAAACACCAAAUAAAUUGGCUAUAGUCCUAUAUUCAGCAGUGGAUGCCAAGAAGUAUAAUGUAAUGGCCAGCCGUCGCUUCGCCGAAAUUGCAGAACGCAUGACUGUAUCUUUGCAGCGUAUAUAUUCCAUGACUUUAUUUAAAAGAAAUUCGAAUGUCCCCCUUGUAACUCGAAAGUUUGAAUACCAAAGUUCGUCAUUAUACUCUCGAUCUACCAUCUCGAACCAAGUAAGUGAUCGUGGAUGCAUCCACAGUGCUCUAUAACGUGGACGGUUAACACAAACUAAUAUUGCUUUCAAAAAUGUAAUUCGCAGUUUAUUCGUUGAAUAAGCAUCUGAUCUCAGCAGGGGUUUUUUCUCUAAUAUUUUAUUAGCUCUUUUUUCUCUCCUACGAAGGAACCAAAGUAGCAGUAAUUUGAGUUUGUGUGCUUGGUUGAAAGCCGCCAUAUUUAAAUUUUCCCGCGGAAAUAUUAACCGCUGAAAAUGUACUUUGGGCUCUAUUUUUACGAGUGCCGUGCCAAAUUAUUGGAGUGCCCGUCGAAUUUUUUUUGGUCCGGCAAUUUGGCAAACUUUUGUCGUGUAAACGUGUGAGUGCCGUGCUAUGAAUAAAUGGUACGGUACCAAAAUUAAGCGUGCCGUGCCAUAAACGUUUGUCGUGUAAACGGGGC